ACAGGACCAAGACAGAAUGUAAACACCGGCCAGGUCCAGGACCAAGACUUUGAUAGCAAACCAACGGGGCCCUGCACACCUUCCCGCUGCUCCACACACUGACCUCGAGUGUCUUGCCAUGGCCUCCGCCUGCAGACACGUGGCAGUGACUGGGCCGCCAGGCGUGGGCAAGACAACGCUGGUCCAGAAGGUCGUGGGUCAACUGCAGGAGGCUGAGGUGGCGUGUAGCGGGUUCUAUACCAAGGAGGUGCGGCAGGGGGGCAAGAGGGUUGGCUUUGAUGUGGUCACCUUGAGUGGCCGCACCUGUGUUCUCUCCAGGCAGAGGGCUGAGGGCAGUGGAGGGCGAGAGCCUCGGGUUGGUAACUAUGCUGUUGAUGUGGCGUCCUUCGAGUCCCUGGCCCUGCCUCUCCUGCAGACUCAGAGAGCAAGUCCCUCCGUCCUGGUGCUGGAUGAAAUAGGGAAGAUGGAGAUGUUUAGCACCGGCUUUGUGAGGGGCGUGAGGCAGGCCAUCGCCGACCCCUCCUCAACCCUCCUGGCCACCAUCCCCGUCGCCAAGGGCAAGCCCAUAGCCCUGGUGGAGGAGAUCAGGAGCAGCCCAACCUUCCUGGGGGUCAAUUUUAGGCUUGGGGCAGGGCGGUGGUGGUCGUGGUGGCUGACCAGAGCCAACAGGGACGACCCGGCUGUCCUGGAGAAGAUUAUUAGCACGUUAAGAACCUCUCGAGAAAUAAUGUUUGCUGACACCAUCUACAGGACCUAA